UAUGUACUUCUGGUGAAAUUUGUAGUGAUUUUUCAGUGGCUUUGUUAUCAGUGCAUUUGCAAUUUGUAGUUCAAAUGAAGCAAUACUAUACUACUAUCCUUUUGAAUGGUUGCAGUAUAUCAACUGCACGUCCUCAGUUUAGGCAACUGCUGGUUUGGUUCCCAUGGUGACCGCGGUAAACAGGAUUGCUGAUCAGUUCACUGCGACCAUUUUUCUUCCAUCGUUUGGAGUUAAACUGAAAUGUCUUUGGUGCAGCGGGAGAUGGAGCAGCUCUUCACCGUGUUCGAAGGUUCCGCUGCUGAGGACGUGUAUCACGCCCGUCAGCUCUGGAGCUCGCUGUCUUUGCUGCCGCCAUUGGAGUCCUGUCUGGUUUCAACGGACAUCCGCCAGAGACUGCCGAUGUCACGGCCACGACGCGACAGAAUGUCCGCUGUAGAGCCACAAAGUGACGCGUUCAUGCGACAGCAACGGCGGCAGGAGGAACGGCGACGUUACGAGACCAUGGACUGGCAGAGACGACAUGUGCUGCCUCAACUGGCGAAGCAGUGGAAACAACCCGGAGAAUAAGCCGUUUAUACAGAGAUCCCUUUGACGCAUGACCCAUGAUAUACUGAGUUUAAAAAAAUGUGACUAAGUGUUUUUAUGUGUUUUUAGACAUAAAAAUAAGAACUGA